CUUCAAUCAGGGAGUCAUUUUAUUGUGGAAUAACGGAGGGUUCUCUGAGUGAUUGAGGGAGCGCCCGCACCUUAACGCCCAGCUACAGAAAGCUGGACAAGUGUACUGGACCGAGUAAGAGGCGUUAUUCGCGGAGUCCUGUACAGCUGAAUGGCCCGGGGUGAAAAGAUGCAUUGCUUAAAAGAUUUUCACAAAGACAUCCUGAAACCCUCCCCCGGCAAGAGCCCCGGCACAAGACCGGAGGAUGAGGCGGACGGCAAGAUGCAGCGGGAGAAGUGGGCCAACAAACUCGAUUUCAUUCUAUCAGUGGCCGGAGGCUUCAUCGGACUCGGCAACGUUUGGCGGUUCCCGUAUCUCUGCUACAAGAACGGUGGAGGUGCUUUUCUUAUCCCAUAUUUUAUCUUCCUGAUUGGUGGAGGACUGCCUGUGUUCUUCCUGGAAGUUGCUGUUGGCCAGUACACUUCCCAAGGGGGGAUCACCUGCUGGGAGAAACUCUGUCCCAUUUUCUCUGGGAUUGGCUGUGCCUCCAUCGUCAUCGUGUCUCUGUUGAAUGUCUACUAUAUCGUGAUCCUGGCCUGGGGAAUCUACUACCUCUUCCAGACGUUUCAGAGCGAGCUGCCCUGGGCUAGGUGUGGCCAUACCUGGAACACUGAGCACUGCAUCGAGGACCGUCUGAGGAAGAACCUUUCCCUGUGUGUGGGCUGCAAUGCUACCAACUUCACCUCCCCCGUGACGGAAUUCUGGGAGCGGAAUGUCCUUGGUCUGUCGACUGGCAUUGAGAAUAUCGGCUCGCUGAAGUGGGAGCUGGCUCUGUGUCUGCUGGCUGCCUGGGUCAUCUGCUUCUUCUGCAUCUGGAAGGGGGUCCGAUCCACCGGGAAGGUUGUGUACUUCACUGCAACGUUUCCCUUCCUGAUGCUGUUGGUGUUGCUGAUGCGCGGAGUCACUCUGCCAGGAGCAGCUCAGGGAAUCAAGUUUUAUCUGUAUCCUGAUAUGACACGCCUGGGUGACCCACAGGUUUGGAUCGAUGCAGGAACUCAGAUCUUCUUCUCCUAUGCAAUCUGCUUGGGUGCGAUGACGUCACUGGGGAGUUACAACAAGUACAAGUACAACUGCUACCGGGACUGUAUGCUCCUGGGAUGUCUGAACAGCGGUACGAGCUUUGUAUCGGGAUUCGCAAUAUUUUCCAUCCUUGGCUUCAUGGCUCAAGAACAAGGGGUGGACAUUGCUGACGUGGCAGAGUCAGGUCCUGGUCUGGCAUUCAUCGCUUACCCUAAAGCUGUGAGCUUGAUGCCUUGGCCUACAUUCUGGGCUGUCUUGUUUUUCGUAAUGCUCCUUCUUCUUGGAUUGGACAGCCAGUUCGUGGAGGUGGAAGGGCAGAUCACGUCAUUGGUUGACCUCUACCCAUCCUUCCUAAGGAAGGGUUACCGGCGGGAGAUCUUCAUUGCUCUGACCUGCACACUCAGCUAUGUGUUGGGCUUGGCCAUGGUGACCCAGGGAGGGCUGUAUGUGUUCCAGCUGUUCGAUUACUAUGCAGCCAGCGGCAUGUGCCUUCUCUGGGUCGCGUUCUUUGAAUGUAUUGCAAUAGCGUGGGUGUAUGGAGCUGAAAACUUCUAUGAUGCAGUGGAAGACAUGAUUGGGUACAGACCGGGGCGUUGGAUGAAGUGGAGCUGGGCCGUGAUCACUCCUUUCCUGUGCAUGGCUUGCUUUGUAUUCUCUCUGGCCAAGUACACCCCGCUGACCUACAACAAGUCGUACAAGUACCCCGACUGGGCGGAAGGCGUGGGCUGGCUGCUCGCUCUCUCCUCCAUGAUCUGCAUCCCCCUGGUGGUGGUGGUGAAGGUCAUCCAUUCGGACGGGCCGAUAAUUGAGCGGAUAAAGUUGCUGACAGCACCCAAGGGAGAAGGAAGGAAGCCAAAAGACUUGGCACUUGAUGCUGAAGCAGUUGUUCCACUCAGUCCCAAUGGGACUGCUGGAAGUGACGGAGGAAAGCCACCUCAAAUAAUUAUCGAGACUGCAAUGUAAGCUCUCUAUGAGAGACUAAAUUUGUGUUUUUUUUUUGACGAACUCUAGUCUUUGUAGGACCAGUUCCCUCUCUCCCCACCCACCCAACCCCCCUCGCCUCGUCCAUUCACAGCAGCCGGUCUGAGCCCACUGGUAACGACGGAAUCGACCCAUGGACUAUCUCGCCCAAGCGGUCACUGGAAGCCCCUCCCUCCUGUCCACACGCUCAGCCGCUUCUCGUGGUCCCCAAAGGGGGAGGGUCCGGUGGGAUUUGCUGGGAUUUUACCUUCCUGUGCACCCCCCCCCCCAACACUGCAGCACAGCCCACACUCCCCCUCCCCAUACUCACCCCCAAACCUCGGGGUGUACCGUAGAGACCUUGCAGGCUCUUGCGGGUCUGUUGUGGAUGGGAUUGUCCCGCCAAACUGAUGGGGAGACUCUCCAUAGGGAACCGACCGUUCCAAUCUCUCCCCCCACACCCCCAGCCCCUCCUCCCCUCCCCCCCCCUUUAGCCCUUAUAUUUCACUGGGGGGGGGCGUGCAAUAUUUUUGAAGAACAGAGAUUCGGCUCCCAACACAUUCUGUGCAGGAGUCUGCUCUGCUUCCUCACCUCCUUGUGCCCCCUCCCCUCCCCAUUCACCAUCUCCCACCACCUCCCCCAUUCUAUCUCCCCUUCCCCCUCUGGCACCCUCCUCCUCCCUCCCCUCCCAGCGAUCAAGGGGAGUGCUCAGAUCCCACACAACACUGGACCAAGCCCCUGUAAAUGGCAGGAUCCCACACCAGGAGGUGGUCUGGGUGGAGGCUGUUUCGUGAAUGGCAUGCAGUUGGUAGAUUUACAAAAAGCUUCAAAAAAAAUAUGUUGCACAAUGUUUUAAGACUUUUGUGUGUGUGAGUGUGUGUGUGUGUGUGAGUGUGUGUGUGAGUGUGCGCGUGUGUGUGGUUAAUGGAAUAAUUUUACAUUGUACCUGUGGCUUUUUGUAACAACGAUCAUUGUGUACAUGAUCCCAGCAUCAAUAUUAUAGGGAGUUUGAGGAAGAUUUUAAAACCCUUGUCAUUUAUUUUUUGUAUGGAGCAUAUUUUUCAACUUGUAACACCUUUGUGUUAACCUGUUGUAGGUUUAUAUUUUACUGAGAAGCAUUGAAAAUGUUGCAGCUUAACAGUGCUACCUAGUCUGUCACUGGAUCCCAGAGUACGUCAGGAGUGUUUAAAGACAGUCUCUCUCUCUCAGUCUCUCUCUCUCAGUCUCUCUCUCUCAGUCUCUCUCUCUCUGUCUCUCUCUCUCAGUCUCUCUCUCUCAGUCUCUCUCUCUCAGUCUCUCUCUCUCUCAGUCUCUCUCUCAGUCUCUCUCUCAGUCUCUCUCUCUCAGUCUCUCUCUCUGUCUCUCUGUCUCUCAGUCUCUGUCUCUCAGUCUCUCUCUGUCUCUCUCUCAGUCUCUCUCUCUCUCAGUCUCUCUCUCUCUCAGUCUCUCUCUCUGUCUCUCAGUCUCUCUCUCUCAGUCUCUCUCUCUCAGUCUCUCUCUCUCACUCAUUUUCUCCUUUUCACUAUUCACUUGUUCUCUCCCUCCCUCCCCACCCCACUCUCUCUCACUCCCUCUCCCUUCCCCCUCUCCCUUCCCCCCUCUCUCUCCUGUGAGACUCACCUCAAUCUCCCCUUGAUUGGAACAGUUCUAGCCGGCGGCUCGCCCACACCCCAACAACUGCCGCCCACCACCCCCCACCACCAACCCCCAGAUCCGGAAUGUGAACGGAUCGAAUCCUGGGCCAAUGUUAAGCCCUCGUCCCGCACGGAACGUUGUUAUCCGGUCCCACACAGAUGUGGAGUUAAUGCUGAGGGAGGGGCAGUGACCCAUCACAGAGUGCCCCACCCCCCCAUAUCCCACAUCAGAGGGAGGGUUCUGCCCCCCACGGUGAUGGAAUCCCUGGGAUCUGCCUGUGUCCCAGACUCUCCUGAUUACAAAGUAGGUCCCAUCGCCCACCCCUGCUCAUCCUGCCCGAGGGAGGGUCACCAUCCCGGGGGUAGCCAGCAAAAUGUCCGAAGAGUUUAAAAUGACAGUUGGAGCCCCAAAGGAAACCUGGUGCCUGGGUAGCUCAGGACAGUCUGAAAAACGUCUCCUCCCACAGUAUCUGAGGGGUGUGGUGGGGUGGGGGGAGAUUUAGCCCCCUCACCGGUGAUCUAUGAUCUGGUCUGGCCCAGAGCUGAACCACACCCAAACAGCUCAGGUCUCACAGAGGGUGCUUCCCCCAACACCCAGACAGCUCGGGACCCACAGAGGGAGCUCUCCCCCCCAACACCCAGACAGCUCGGGACCCACAGAGGGAGCUCUCCCCCCCAACACCCAGACUGCUCAGGACUCACAGAGGGUGCUUCCCCCAACACCCAGACAGCUCGGGACCCACAGAGGCUCUCCCCCCCAACACCCAGACUGCUCAGGACCCACAGAGGGAGCUCUCCCCCCCCCCCAACACCCAGACAGCUCGGGACCCACGGAGGGAGAUCCCCCCCGCACCCCACACACCCAGACAGCUCGGGACCCACAGAGGGAGCUCUCCCCCCCCAACACCCAGACAGCUCGGGACCCACAGAGGGAGCUCUCCCCCCCAACACCCAGACAGCUCGGGACCCACAGAGGGAGCUCUCCCCCCCAACACCCAGACAGCUCAGGACCCACAGAGGGAGCUCCCCCCCCCAACACCCAGACAGCUCGGGACCCAUCGAGGGAGCUCCCCCCCACCGGGCAGGGCUGACAUUCUGUCCUGAUUCUUUAUCUCCCGGUGUGCGGGGCCCAAUCGGAGUCGGAUGCAGUGUCCCAGGGCGGUGCGAGGGGUCCGGUCUGGGCGGAUCGGGAGAUUGGAGGAGGACAGGGUGUAGUGAGCUCGAUGUCCAGUCACGGUGCAGACCAGCUGCAGCUCCUGUUCUCCUGUGGGAGGUGGAAGGUGAGGGAGUGUCUGCAUAUGCCCCCGCCAGUUUGACUGUCAGCAGGAAGGCCGAGUGUGUGCCUCGAUGAAUGAUUAAACCGCCAGGGCAGGGGGCCAGCCAGGCAAGUCAUCAAAGGAACAAUUUACAGAGAGGGAGCAGGAAGCUGCUGUUCAAAUAAAGCAGGCAAUGCUGAACCAGCCCGAGGGAGCAAGGUCUGAGGCUGGGCCUCAACCCUCAUCCCUACCCAACCCCCCCCCCCCCCCCCCCCCCAAAACAUCCGGCCUUGAGCCUUGUUCACCUUCCCAGUAUCCCUGACCCCCUUCCUUAAGAGUGAGUCUUAUAGGUGGUACAGGUGCAUGUGCGCGCACACACACACACACACACACACACACACACACACACACACACACACACACACACACACACACACACACGCGCGUGUAGGCAGGUGUGGACACAGGCAGGGACAGUUGCACAGAGGGGGAGAUGGGCAGUCAGAGGGACUCUGUCCAAUGUGUGCCAUUGAAAACUUCCUUGGCAGAAGGAUAACUGUACUGUGGGUGCCUCUAAAUGCAGCUAACACUACACUGAACCUUACAGUGUUAUAAAAGAAUUUGCUGCUUUGAUUAAUUAAAUUGAGUUAUUAAUGCAAGCUUCAUUGCUGUUGCUGUAUUUUCAAAUCUGUGCUUGUGGAUACAGAGACCCAUGCUGAUGUGAUGUUGCUCUGACCCAGGGAGAAGUGAAAGCCCCGGUCUCUUCCUCUGUAAAUACAGGCACCCCAGAGCUUCACUGCAUUUUAACUCUUGUGUUUUUUUUAAUGUGUCAAGACUACAAAUUGCAAUCUUAGAUACCAAACACUUUUCCUAGUGAAUAAGCUUUGAAAAACAAUGCAUUUUUUUUUAUUUACGGAAACAUUGAGUUCUCCGAAUUCGACAAGUUCGCUGGUAAUUUUCUCAAUUUCUGUAGAAUUCAUUUUGAUUUCAUGGCAGGAACUUUCACCCUGGGCCGUCCCGCCUUGUCCUUCGGUGAAGUGUUGGGGAGGGUUUGCAAUGGUGACCAUGGUCCCGUUGCUCCACCCUCAACUCAACCUGCAAGUGGGAAGCAUUUUCGUCCUCAAUCAGAGGAUUCCCCUCCCUCUCCCCAUCCCCUGUCCCCAGCCCCCACCUCUCCCUCUCUCUCUCACUUUCAUUCCCUCCUUCCCUUUCUCCCUGCCAUCCUUUCCCCCCACCUUCUGCCUCUUGUCCCCACACUCCCCCUCGCCUCCACACCUUCACUCUCUCUCCUCCCACACCCUGGGAGACUCUGGGACACCCACCUCAGUGGUGCAGGGGUUGUGGUGAGUGGGGUGUAGAGGGGGUGUCUGGUUGUCCUGGAGAUGCUGUCUAGGGGCCGGUUCCUGUCCACGUCUGUCUGAUCCCCACCGUUUUGCUGUUCUGAACCUAGAUCCGGUUCAACUUUUAGCAGUUUGCAGGUUUUUUUAGAAAGAUAAACAAUAUAAAAGAUAUGUAUUUAUAUGAUACGGUAUAUUCAUGUGUCAUGUGCUUUCUUAGGUGACAGUUCGAAUUGUAUUAGAAACUUUGAUCUUGUACUGUGUGAGUAAAUAAAAACAUAAAAAAUUAAUAAAUGUUUACAGUUUUCACUGAAA